AUGGAAGAGCCAAUUGCCAUUGUGGGCGUGAGCGCCAGACUGCCUGGCGAUGGUGAUACCCCUGAGCGCUUCUACGACUCUCUGCUCGCCGGGAGGUCAGCCCGGACAGAAGUGCCACGGGAGAGGUACAAUGCGGACGCCUUUUGGCACCCAAACGCCGACAGGAGCGGCGCGACACGGGUCCGCCACGGCCAUUUCCUCAAAGGCAGCAUCUCGGCGUUCGAUGCGCCCUUCUUCUCCAUCACCCCGACGGAAGCACGGAGUAUCGAUCCACAACAGCGAGGAAUGCUGGAAAGCGUAUACAAGGCACUCGAAAAUGCUGGGAUUCCACUCGACACAGUGGCCGGGUCACAGACCGGCGUGUACGUCGGCUGCUUCACGGCGGAUUACAACGACCACAUAGCAAAAGACUUGGACAUACCAAAUAAGUACUCGGCGCUGGGCACAGUGGCAAGCAUGCUGAGCAACAGGGUCUCGUGGUUCUUCGACUUCCGGGGUCCGAGUGUAACAGUCGACACAGCCUGCUCAAGCAGCCUGGUAGCAGUGCACGAAGCAUGCAUGAGCCUGAAGCUCCGGGAAAUAUCCAUGGCCGUUGUAGGCGGAUGCAACCUUAUCCUAACACCCGAGAUGACGCUAAAGCUCGACGCCGCGGGCGUCCUUGGCCCGGAUGGCAAGUCGUAUAGCUUUGACCACCGGGCCAACGGAUAUGCCCGCGGUGAAGGGUUCGGGGCUGUGGUGCUCAAGCGGGUAUCGGAUGCGGUCCGCGACGGGGACGUCAUCCGGGCCGUCAUCCGAAACUCGUCGACGAACCAGGACGGCCGAUCCCCCGGCAUCACGCAACCGACAAAGGCCGGCCAGGUCGCGCUGAUCAAACACGUCUACGACCGGGCCAACCUGGACCCCUCGCUUACCCGCUUUGCAGAGGCCCAUGGGACGGGAACGCCGGUUGGCGACCCCAUCGAGGCGAGCGCACUGGCCGAGAUGUUUGCGCCCCAUCGGUCCCAGGACGAGCCUCUGUUCAUCGGCGCCCUCAAGAGCAACGUCGGCCACCUGGAGGGCGCGGCGGGCGUGGCCGCCGUCAUCAAGGGCGUGUUGACGCUCGAGAGCGGCGUCAUCCCCGGCAACAUCUGGUUCGAGAAGAAGAACCCCAGGAUCCAGGACUCAUGGAACCUCAAGUUCCCGACAGAGCCGACCGUCUGGCCCCAACGGGGGCUGCGGCGCAUUUCCAUCAACUCCUUCGGCGUCGGUGGCAGCAACGCGCAUGUCGUCAUGGACGAUGCGCUUCAUUUCCUGAAGAACCACCGGCUCAAUGGCAACCACCGGACCGAGGCGAGUCCGCAUAUCCCUCGCCACCUCACCCCCGGGUCGACGACCAACGGCGAUUAUCCCAUCAACCGGCCCCGCCGCUCAGAUAGCGGUGUAGAGUUGAGUGGAUACGAGUGUGAAGAUCUCCCGAGGCUCUUCGUGCUUUCGGGCAAUGACCCCGACGCUGCGUCGCGUCUCAAGAAACUGUACAAGGAGUACCUCUCUGCCAAGGUGGCAGAGGACUUGGGCGAGACGGCUCAAUUACGCUUCUUGAGGGACCUCAGUCAUACUCUGGCGUCGAGACGAACACAUCACGCCUGGCGAUCGGUGAGCAUCGCCGGCUCCCCGACCCAACUCCAGAAGGCCCUCGAUGAUGGCGGCCUCACGCCGACAAAGGCGAAGCCGAACCCUCGUCUGGCUUUCGUGUUCACGGGCCAAGGAGCGCAGUGGGCCGCCAUGGGCAUGGACCUGCUGGCCUACCGCGCGUUCCAGGAGAGUCUCUUUGCAGCCGACAGAUACCUGAAUGAUCUGGGCUGCAGAUGGUCGUUAACCUUUGAACUAUCCAAGCCGAAAACAUCGUCUCGGAUAGACGAUCCGGAAUUCUGUCAACCCAUAUGUACGGCUCUGCAGGUCGCCCAGGUGGACCUCCUCACCAGCUGGGGCAUCUAUCCACAUGCAAUCACAGGCCACUCAUCGGGCGAGGUCGCCGCAGCAUACGCAGCCGGUGCCAUCCCCAGAGAGGCGGCGUGGAAAGUGGCCUACCACCGCGGAAGGCUCAGCGCCAAGCUUGCCCGUUCCGAAUCGCGUCCCAAGACCGGCAUGGCUGCCGUCGGCCUGGACAAGGCCGGCACGGAGGCCGCCAUCGGCCGCUUGAACCAGCUGGGCGGCGAGGGAACCCUCGAGAUCGCCUGCAUGAACAGCUCCGACAGCCACACCGUCAGCGGUGACGCCCGGAAGAUUGACCGCCUCGUCGAGAUGCUCGGCAGCGACAAGGUCUUUGCCCGGAAGCUCAACGUCGACAUCGCGUACCACUCCCAGUACAUGAAGCCCAUGGCCGACGAGUACCUCCGGGCGAUGGGCGAGCUGGGGCAAGGCGUUCUGAAAAGCCCGUUCGAACCCCGGUUCUACUCGUCGACGGUUGGCGCCCCGAUAGCGCUCUCCCGGCUUCGACAACCGGACUACUGGGUCGAGAACUUGGUGUCGCCCGUGAGGUUCACAGAGUCUGUCACAGAGAUGCUGAAAGGAUCGUCACAACCCAAAGUCAACGGUCACGUCAACGGGGUCAACGGGGUCAACGGCGACGAGCCCGCGAUGGAGCCCAUCACCGACUUCCUCGAGAUCGGCCCCCAUAGCGCUCUGAAGGGACCGCUGUCCAGCACAACCAAGCAAGUCCGAGGCACCUCCAAGGUCGACUAUCACUCCGUCCUGCGUCGCCAAAAGUCGGCCGUGGAAACCACACUCGAGGCCGCCGGCUCCCUCUUCUGCCAGGGAUACAGCGUCCGCCUCGCCCAAGUCAACGAGGCGGACGAGCCGCACGGUCCCAGGCCUCUCAUGCUGACGAACCUCCCGUCGUACCCGUUCGACCACUCGAAAGAGUAUUGGGUCGAGAGCACCUUGAGCGACCACCAUCGGGAGAGGCACGCCGGCCGGCACGAGCUCCUCGGGGCCCCCAUGCCGGGCUUCAACGAGGACAACGGCACGUGGCGUAAUUACAUCCGCCUGACGGAGAGUCCGUGGAUCGAGGACCACAAAGUCUCGGGGCGUGUGCUGUACCCCGCUGCCGGCAUGCUCGUGAUGGCUAUAGAGGCGAGCCGGCAAGUCGCCGACAGGACCAAGACCCUGGAAGGAUUCAGAUUCCGGGACGUCUCCUUCAAACUCGCUCUACGCGUGCCUGACGAUGCGAACGGCGUGGAAUCGCAGUUCUACCUCCGUCAACACCGGGAAUCAAGCGUCUCGGCCCCCUCCGCAUGGAAGGAGUUCCAGCUUUGGACGUUGCAGAACGGCGAGUGGAGAGAACACUGCCACGGAUUCGUGCAAACCGAGUACGAACUCGACGACCAUCUUCUUGCCCUUCCCAGCAUCCAAGGUAACCAGAUAAACGUCAGCCGCGGGUACACGACCGAGGUGUCCGUCGACAAGCUGUACCGCAACCUUUCACAAUCGGGGCUACACUUCGGCCCGACCUUCCAGACCUUGAGCAAUGUACGCCUCGGGCAGGGUCUCAACAUGAUUGCUACGGUUGAUUCGCCCGGCGAGAAGAUCAAGAAAGUGAUGCCGUACCAGUACGUCCAGCCCCAUCUGGUACACCCGGCCACUCUUGAUGCCGUCGUCCAUGCGAACGUCGUCCCGCUGGUCUCCAACGCCAAGUAUUCCCGCUCGACCAGGGUGCCGACUUAUCUGACUGACGGAUGGGUCUCGGCGCGUCCUGAGCUUCUUCACGACUCAUACAAUGUGUCGGCAGAGUCCAAGCUUCGCGGCCGGAACGAGGUGACGGCCGAAGUCACGGCCACACAUCCCGAGCAGGGCCAAACAAUGGUCCGCAUGUCGGGCCUGCUCUUCAGGACCAUUUCCCACGAGGCGUCGUCCAAGGCGGCCAAGAACGCGUCGACGCACCCCGCUUUCAACAUUGCAUGGAGGCCAGACCCUAGCUUCCUCAACAGAGAACAGGCUUCCAAGCUGUUUGACCUACCGAUGUCGGCGGAAGACGACCCUUCUCGGUGGAUGAGGGACUGCGAAGCGCUGUGUCUCGCGUACAUCCGUCGCUAUGUCCUCGGCACGUCCAAGGACACCAUUGCUAACAUGGCCUGGUACCAUCAACGAUACGCCUCCUGGUUUCAGCAUGUCGUACGUCAAUCCUCGAACGAGGCGGCAGGCGAGGCCAUCGCCGACCUCGAGGCCAGGGUCGUGGCCUCGGGCGCUUCGGAAGGAAAGCUGAUCAUCGCCGUCGGCAACGCCCUGGACGACAUCCUCAGCGGGAAGCGCGACCCGUUGGACGUCAUCUUCAAGGACAAGCUGGCCGAGGACGUCUACAAGAACGGCCUCGGCUCGAAGCGCUGCUACGCCCAACUCUGCAGCUACCUGGACGCCCUCGCCCACAAGAACCCGGCCAUGGAGGUCCUCGAGAUCGGCGGCGGCACCGGCGGCGCCACCCGGCCCGUCAUGGCGACGCUGACGCGGGACGGCCGCCGCUACAAGCGCUACGACUUCACCGACAUCUCGCCGUCCUUCUUCGAACAGGCCAAGGAGACCUUCAAGGACGAGCUGGCGCACAUGAACUUCCGCCUCCUCAACGUCGAGAACGACCCCCUGGCGCAGGGCUUCGAGGCCGGCCGGUACGACGUCAUCGUCGCGGCCAACGUCCUGCACGCCACGAAGAAGAUGGACGACACGCUCAGCAACGCCCGGAGACUGCUCAAGCCCGGCGGCAGGCUCCUCCUCUUCGAGAUCACAAACACCGAGGUCCUGCUCGGGAGCUUCUGCUUCGGCGUGCUUCCCGGGUGGUGGCUGUCGGAGGACAAGGACCGCAUCUGGGGUCCCUUGAUGUCGCCCGUCUCGUGGAGUCACCACUUGACCAACGCGGGAUUCAGCGGCCUCGACGCCGUCUUCCACGACUUCCCCUCGUCGCCGUACCAGAUGAGCUCGAUCCUGGUGUCAACUGUUCCCCGGCCGGACAAGAGAGCCGCGUCGUUGAUGCCGACUUACGUCUUGACGAGCGGUACGCCUGCGCAGGCCAAGGUGGCCAAAGACAUGUCGCAAAGCAUCGGCCUGUAUGGGCCCUGCGACGUCACCACGGCCGAGGCCAUCGCCACCAGAAGCUUGGCCGGCUCGGCAUGUGUCGUUUUAUCCGAGUUCGACCGGCCGUGUCUGGCCGACAUGACGGAGGAGAUGUUUGAGAGCUUCAAGCACGUCCUUGUCCGGAGCAAGCUCAUCCUCUGGGUCACCCGCGGAGGCACUGCCGCGGCGCCAGACCCGGAUGCAGAGCUUGUCACGGGUCUUGCCAGGGUCGUCCGCGCAGAGAGGCCCGACGUCAAGUUCUUGACCGCGUCCUUCGCGGCGACCGCAAGCGAAUAUUCCGUCGCGGAGAAGUGCGUCCAGAUACUCCGAAACGCGCAAGACGAUGCGGAAAACUCGUUCAGAGUCGUUGACGGUAUCGUCAACGUGCCUCGGCUCGUCCAAGCAAAGUAUCUGACGGAGCACCUCCAAGCCCAGACGGGCUCAUCGAGCGUGGUGAGCAGGCCCCUAGGCGACGAUACCUCCCGGCCUCUGGCCCUGCAGGUGGGAGACGUCGGGCAUCUCGAUUCGCUCAGGUUCGAGGACGACGACACGUUCGACACGCCAUUGGGCGACCACGAAGUCCAACUCAAGACCAUGGCCUGCGGACUCACGGCUAGGGAUCUAUCCUCGGCGCUUGGGAAGACGGAGGAAUCGCCUCUGGGGUGCGAGGUUUCCGGCAUCGUCACCAAGGCCGGGUCCUCUACCAGGUUCCGAGUUGGCGAUCGGGUCUUUGGCCUGACCACCUCGGGCGCCACCAAGACCCAUGCGCGGUCCACGGACGGACUCCUUGCCAAACUGUCCGACGGCGUGAGCUGGGCUCAUGGCGCAGCUCUCCCGGCGGACUACACCACCGCCUACGCGGUCCUCUACGAGUUUGGAUCCCUUCGGAAAGGCGACGCAGUUCUGGUCCAGGAUGGCGCGUCAACGCUUGGGCAGGCCCUGAUCCAGAUUGCCAAGCUGAAAGACGCCAAAGUCUAUGCGACUGUCAACAACCGGGCGGAACGCGAUACGAUCGCCGCCCUUGGUAGCAUUCCACAAGAACAUAUCUUGAACGGCCGCGACAGCUCACUCAGAUCCUCGCUUCAGAGCCUUACCAAGGGCCGCGGGGUCAGCCUUGUCGUUAACACGGCCGACGCACCUGGGCCCAUCGACGAUGUGGUCGGCUGCGUCGCACCCUUUGGGCGGAUAGUCAGCAUCGGCUCAGAAAUCUCCGUCUCGAGCGCCCGCCUCCCUCGCGGCCGCAAUAUCCGCCUGGAAUCCUUUGACUUGGCCUCCUGUGCGGCCCAUGAUCUUCCCCUUACCGAAACCCUGUUCCAGCACAUGGUCGACCUCGUGUCUGCCAGCUGGAGCAGCAUAAGCCGGCCGACGCCCGCCGCCGUCUACUCGUUCUCCCAGGCUCAAGACGCGUUCCGCCGACUACAGUCCGAGGGACGGCCCGCCAAGGUGGUCCUGGAGCCCCGUGACCAGGACGUGGUACCGGUCAUGGCUAGCCGCAAGCCAGCGAGCUUCUUCGACCCCAAGGCAUCGUAUGUCGUCGCCGGCGGGCUCGGUGGUCUUGGGAGGUCGGUCGCGCGCUGGAUGGCGUCUCGAGGCGCCAAGAACCUCAUCCUCCUUUCGAGACGCGGUGCUGUUGAGAAGCCCGCGAUCCAACUCGUCAACGAGCUCAAGUCCGUGUGCGACAACGUGGUCGCGCCGGCGUGCGAUGUGACAGACGAGCAAGCUCUGAUCAACACCAUGAACGGGAUUUUGACAAGCCUACCGCCCGUCAAGGGCUGCAUUCAGGGAUCCAUGGUCCUGCAGGACAACCUUGUCCAGAACAUGUCGUUCGACGGCUGGAAGGCAGCCACCCGUCCCAAGGUCGACGGGUCGCGGAACCUCUGCAACGUCCUCGGCGACAAGACGGACUUUUUCGUAUUCCUUUCUUCGUUCGUCAGCAUCAUCGGUAACCCCGAGCAGGCGAACUACGCCGCGGGCGGUACGUUCCAGGACGCUUUGGCACGUAAAAUGGUCGCGCAAGGCAUCAACGCUGUUUCCAUUGACCUCCCCAUCGUCGAGGGCGUGGGCUACGUGGCCGAGAAGCCGGAGCUUUGGGACUACCUCCGCUCGACCGGGUGGACUCACAUCUCGGAGGAGGAGUUGUACGCCGUCUUGGACUACCACUGCCGCCCUGCAGCAGACAAGCCGGCGGAGGUGUCCAGGGCUCAGGUCAUCCCGCGCGUUUGGCUGCCACGAGAGACGGCCGUCGAGGGCUACCAGACGCACUCGUGGGGCGAGGAUCCCCUCUUCAGCCACCUUCAACACACCGGAAACGACGACGAAGGGAAGGCCGACGAGACGAACAAGACCCUCAACCACAAGGCACUCCUCCGAGGCGCCGCUUCCCGGGAGGAGGUGGAGGGCAUCGUGCUGGACGCGCUGCUUCUCAAGAUUGCGCGGAUGCUCAGCAUCGAGGUCUCGAACCUCGAGUUCUCGAGGCCCCUGCACGCGUACGGCAUCGACUCGCUCACCGCUGUCGAGCUCCGGUCCUGGCUCCUGAAGGAGCUCGGCGCCGAGGUGAUUGUCUUCGACAUCACGAACAACUCCAGCAUCUCCCAACUCGCGGCCCUCGCCGCAACGAAGAGCAGUUUGGCACCUGAUUUCAGCAAGAAGUAA